ACAGGUUUCCUGACCCAUGCAUAAUUAUCUGUAUUCACUCGCCCGGGAUUGCAUGUCAGAAAAGGGAAUACAAUUCGAGAGCUUAUCUCUCCCCUAGAUACAAUCUUAGUUUCUAUUUUGUUGAGCUAUGGCCUUCAAUAGUUUCUUCAACGGCUUGGUGGCUACAUUUGACGACCUUCGGGUUUAGUGACUCUUCAAUGAUUUCAGCCUAAACCUUCGGAUCUUCGAUCAACACAUUCGGUUAUGUCUGACUUAGUAGACGACUGCAUUGCCAUUGUGAUUUGCAGGGUUUCUGCGCCGCGGAUGAUGAGGUUUCGGGCCCCCAGUGCUCUCGUCAUCGCCCUGCUGGGAGUGUAUCUGGUCACGAUAGCCAUGAUGGGCUGCAACAUCACAUGGCUGGUGGGCACGGACUCUCACGGCAACAGAGUGGACAGGAGAAGCAUGAAGACUAGGUGCGGGUGUAACUGUGUUGGGGAGCGACCCAGGAAAUGUCCCCCUGGCGAUUCGGCAAGAGACAUGAGUGUUGCCAAACGGCAGACAACGGAUGAGAUAUCUCGCCUCAUCGACAUCAUCGUCAGGGAAGGCAUCAGGAGGGACCACAUCCUGGAGGAAGCGGACGGAAAACUUCUCAUCAACAUAGCGCGGAAUUGUUCGAGCACGAAAGACUCUAGUGGCGAGUAUCUCGGAAUCGCGGGGACGGAAUCAGUGUCUAGCGUGAAAAAUGACAGCUCACUGGUUUUGACGGACGUUAUGAGCGCCUUUCAAGGGAAGUGGAAGAAAAAUGAGACACUUUUUCAAGAAAUGAAACGUGACUUGACAAGCUGUUGCGAUGCCGAGUCGUCAUUUUUGACAAAACGGAAUGUCAGAGUGGGGGAAAUUCUGCCGAAUGUUCUCAACAAAAAACUACCUCUAAAAAUGACCAGGGACAUGUACAGAAACUUGAUAAAGGACUGGCCUUUAAAACACAAACGCUUCAAUAAAUGCGCAGUUGUCGGAAACAGCGGCAUCUUGCGGGGAAGCCACUGUGGUGCAUCCAUCGACAGUGCAGAUGCCGUGUUCAGGUGUAACCUACCACCGCUCGGGAAGAAAAUUUAUCAAGAGGAUGCCGGGGUAAAAUCAAGUUUCACCACUGCUCCGUUGUCAAUGCUGAAGUCGUACGCAAAAAUGAACGAAGAGUCUGUGAGAGAGCAAUUUUUAAAGGACAUGGAGCAAUACAGCGGCAUUCUGUCUGCAAAGAAACCCAACAAUUACACCAAGUACAUGAUCGAUUCUAUCGCAGCUGCCAGAGGAGGCGAACUGCAGAUGGUGUACGAACAUCCACACCAUUUCCUGCGCACCAACACCUACUGGAACAACCACGGCAUUCCUAAGAAAAUCACAUCAGGAAUCUACCUGCUCAGUAUGGCCAUGACACGCUGUGACGAGGUCCACGUCUAUGGCUUCUGGCCCUUCCCAUACGAUGACAAGGGCGACGCCGUGGGCUACCAUUACUACGAGGCGCCUGUCUUCACCAAGGACUCGCACGACAUGCCGCUGGAGUUCAUGAGAGUGCGGCGUCUCCACCAGGACGGCGUCAUCCAGGUUCACAUGCGCUGUUCACGUGAUCUCAGAUAGCAUUCACGUGAUUACGGCUAGCAUUCACGUGAUCGGAACCAACAUGUGAACGGUCCAAUUGGCGAAUUCGUGUAAGUGCAGAAAGAGAGGAAAAGAUCAAAAUGACACAAGGACCCAUCUCUCGCCGUCACAAGUCGUAAUCAUCAUCAUGAUCAUGGAAACUAUUAAACGUAUACGUAGAAGAAAAGACCGCGUCUUUUUCUUGUUUUUGUGCAUCACAAAUGUUGUGCUUGUUAGGAUAUUUCUAUCCUACAUAUAGACUACCUACUAUGUAUUUAUUUUUGUCAUGCAUUUCUUACCUAUAGCUACCUGGUCCAUCGACAUAGCCCGCAGCUGGUGGACUAGCCAAGGGAGUGGGUUGGGCAAGGUAGAUAUGAUAUGUACAUGGAGAUUUGCCUCCAGACUUGCCUUGUCCAACGACAUUAUAUAGAGACCUAUAAAAGUAUAAUGUCCUUGUCUCGUCUACCCACGCUAGCUCAACAACUAUGUGACAGUGUUAUUUUGUGUAACAUCACACAUGCUAAGUGCCAAGCGAUAGUGGUUUAGACUCUGAGUUUGUAUGUGAGUGUGUAUAGUUAAUUACUAAUACGUGCGUGUAAUAACGAAAGGUUAACUUUUGCGACAAGUCUUGAGUCAUGUGAUACAUGACAUAGAGUCGCCGUACCAUAUUAUUUCUAAUGCACAAAACACGAACGACAUAAAUAUUUGUACCAUUGAUGAUGAUGUAUCUAUCAAAUUGAAGUAAAAUUCUU